UCUCUUAUGUGAAAUGGGAAGCGGGAGCACAUUUCUGAGAUUUCUCUAAAUUUUCUUUCGAACCGAACACAGUGUAGUGUGGUGUGGUCGUAGCUCGUAGAUUGAAUCGUGCUGGUGCUCUAUUAUCGUCUAACUAUCUUCUAACAAGUACUAUUAAUUUCCCCCCUAACAACAAUCUAAAUAAACAUAAACAAUAAUAAAAAGAAAAUGCUUGCCAAAAAAGAAAAUGAAAUGCGUGCUCUUGCACUUAAACUAUACGAAAUUAAUGCUUUCAAGUUCGGCGAUUUUAAGAUGAAAGUUGGAAUCAAUUCACCUGUCUACUUCGAUUUACGUGUCAUUGUUAGCUUCCCUGAGGUCAUGGACCAAGUUUCCAAUCUGAUCUCCGAUUACGUACGUGAGAAUAAUCUGCAAUGCAAACAUGUUUGUGGUGUUCCCUACACAGCUCUUCCUAUUGCCACAAUCGUUUCAGUGCGAGAAAACAUUCCGAUGCUGGUGAGACGUAAAGAAGCCAAGAGCUAUGGUACCAAGAAACUAAUCGAGGGACUAUACAACGCCGGGGACACGUGUUUGAUUGUUGAAGAUGUCGUCACCUCUGGGUCUAGUGUUCUGGACACUGUGAAAGACCUUCAAAAGGAAGGAAUCGUAGUCAACGACGCAGUGGUCGUGGUCGAUCGUGAGCAAGGAGGACACGCUAACAUCGGCAAACAUUCUGUUCGUAUGCAUAGCUUAUUCACUCUGUCCUAUCUGUUGAACGUACUCAAAGAAGCUGGAAAAAUUCAACAGGAAACUGUUGAUUCAGUCGCAAAGUAUAUAAGUGGAUGUCAAAUUAACAGCGAUGGUUCCUUUGUCGAUGGACCCAAAAAAGUUGUAAAUGAAUUUGCCCGCACAAAAAUGACCUUCGAAAGUCGUUCGAAUUUGGCAAAAUCAGAAGUUGCUAAAGAUCUAUUCAAUCUAAUGGCAUCAAAAAAGACUAACUUAUGUCUGGCUGCUGAUUUGACCGAUUGCGAAAAGAUCCUUAAUGUAGCCGAUGUAUGUGGACCGUACAUUUGUAUUCUCAAAACACACAUUGAUAUCGUGGAAAAUUUCAAUGAAGACUUUGUCAAAAAUCUCGUAACACUAUCCAAAAAGCACAAUUUCCUUAUAAUGGAAGAUAGAAAAUUCGCUGACAUCGGUAACACUGUAUCUAUGCAAUAUUCCCAGGGGCUCUUUAAAAUCGCACAAUGGGCAGAUUUAGUAACUGCUCAUUCAAUAUCUGGUCAGGGAAUAUUGCAAGGUUUGAAAGCCGGUCUAGUGGAUGCACCUAAGAAACGUGGUGUUUUCCUCUUGGGUGAGAUGUCAUCGACGGGCAAUUUAAUAAACGAACAAUACAAAGAAGCUACAACUAAAUUGGCAACAAACAAUGCAGACGUUGAUUUUGUUGCAGGAAUUGUUUGUCAAAGUGCCGAUUGCUUUGCUUUUCCCGGACUGUUACAACUGACGCCGGGUGUGAAAAUAGAUGAAUCCGGAGAUAAAUUGGGUCAACAAUAUCAAAGUCCAGAGUUUAUUGUGCAGGAAAAAGGUGCCGACAUUGCAGUUGUUGGCCGUGGUAUACUCGAAGCUAAGUGCAUUGAGAAAGCAGCAGUAUUAUACAGGGACAGACUAUGGGCGGCUUAUAGUGACCGUGUUGCUAAGUAAUCAAACGACCAAUGAAGUUAAACCAAGUGAAAUAAUAUUGUUUUCCAAUCCAAUGCAUAUAUUUUUUAUACAAGUUUAUUUUUUUCCAAUAUAAAUGUUAUUUACAUAAGUAAAAAAAUGUAUAUUACGAGUAUGUUUCAAAUAGAAAUCUUAAAAAUGAAUCUGGUGAACGUA